AUGGGAAACUAUUUGAAUGAAGGCUUCCAUUUAUUUGUUGACAACUUUUACACCAGCUUUGGACUUAUACAAGACCUGUACAGAAAACAAACCUUCCUCACUGGUACCAUAAGAAGAAACCGGAAGAACUUACCCAAUGAUGUCAAAAGAAAAUUUUCUGUUGGAGAAAAGAAAUAUUAUAGGAGUGACUAUAUUUUGACUCUAGCUUAUCGUGAAAAAUCAUCACAGUCACGACCAGUAAUACUUGUCUCGUCUGAUUCACAAGCCAUAGAUGUUCAGACCAGGCGCACAAAAUUUGGUUUUGAAAGAAUAAAAAAUAAACCAAAAGUCAUUGAUGAAUAUAACAGAUACAUGGGUGGAAUUGAUACAAACGACAUGAUGCUGUAUGCUUAUCUGGAUGAGAGGCGUACAGUCAAGUUCUGGAAAAAAGUUGUAUUCAACGUUUUUGGACGAAUGGUUCUAAAUUCGUAUAUUCUGUAUAAACUAAAUUGUUUAGGUAAGCCUAUGACUAGAUAUCAGUUUGUUGUGUCAAUUAUUAGAGACAUAACUGAGGAAUGGCUACGGAUGAAGACUCCCAGUGGUACUGGUGGUGGCGGUGAUGCUCCAGACAACCAGCCGGCUGCCAGCUCUUCUACUCAAACUUAUGGAAUAUUCAAGUUACCAGGGAAACAAGAAAAAUGUUGUGCUGUAUGCAGUAAAAUUAGUCUUCAAAGUGGUGGUAAAAUGAAGAGAUCCAGAACUGCCUGUGUCAAAUGUAAUAAAGGCUUACAUGGAGUGUGCCUCACCAAACAUGUUUGUUAG